CUUUUCGGGAACCCUGGACUGGAGCGAGGUGUUUUUUCACCAUGGGAGAACGUGUAGUUUUUUAAGGGCGUGUUAUUAACCCUGAGAGUCCAGUCAUGACUCACUUUACACCCUAUGGUGGUGGAUUAUGACUUCCAGGUGGGGUAAGGUGAGUCAUUGGAAGUUCUGGGAUUUUUGUCAGGGACACCCGAUUCGCCCCAAUGAUGCCCAAUGUUUGUUCCCCGACCCGAGGGGGGCUUUACACAACUGCUGGCAUGGUCUCGCAGGAUUUUGCUAACCAAGCCCUCAGCGGAAGGAAGAGCAGGAUUGUCAGCACAGACAGACAUGGCAUGCUGUGCGCAACCGGAUGAUGCGGAGCUGGUGGCUGUUGAGGCCUUCAACGUGAACUUGCAGCCUGAAGGUCAGGUGAAGAUUGACGAGCUGACUCAACAAGUGUCUACCAUGAAAGAGCAGCUCGAGAAGCGAGAUGCUGAGAUGGAAAAGCAAGGGACGGCGAUCGAGCUGCAGGCAGUUCAGAUCAAGCAGUUGAAAGCCCAGUGUGAGACUGCAUUGAGCAUGGCCCAAGAGGCAGCACCAGCUGUUGAAUGGGGGUGCCUUACGCAGCAGCAGAAAUUUAUGGUGCAAUUCCUCUUCGUUUUGGUGUUCUCAGUCAUCGCAGUGCCCCUUCCCUUGCUGAUCCCUAUCAAUGAUCCGAACUUGGGAGCGCUUGGCAACAUGUCCUUCUUUUAUGGGUACAACAUCUUCGUGAUCGUCUACUACCUCCCCGGACAAUACCGACGCCUCGAGCUCCUCUUGGUGCGCCCAGCAGAUGGGAAGGAGAUGGCCAGGUCUUCCAGUGCCAUCAGUUAUCUUGGCAAAGUCACCUGGCAAGACACGGCCAAGAGGGUGAUCUUCUACCUCUUGGUGAUCUUUGGUUGGUGCACUGGCUACUUCUUGUGCGCCGUGCCAUGGGGAACAAACCUCAUCUACUCCUACAACAUGCUUUAUGGUGCUCCUCCAACCUUUGCCAUGGUGGACUGGCUGUUCCUGGUCCUAGCCGAUCGAAGCUACUGGAACGUCAAGACCCUUAUACUCAUUUUUGCCUACAACUUCCUUACGCUUGCACCUGUGCUGCUCCUGUGCGGCAUUGUCUUCGCCAGCGCAUUCUUCAACACCCCCGUGCUGAUUCUUUGUGCUGCCCUGGCAUCAUGGAUCCUGAUGGAAGUGGUGGGGAUCGUUUCUGACAAGGUACUGCAAAUUCUGAUUCCAUGGGCAGGCUACAGCCUCGAGCACUACUACCAGGUGGGUAAUUCCUUGGUCUUCUCCUGCUUGCUGACAUUCUCGGAGGUGAUCCUGUUCCCCAGCACGAACUCUUGGUGGGCCCUUGUGGGAGUCGUGAUUGUCGACACCAUCGGAGCUGCUCUCCAAUUGCGAGUCCUUUGGAAAUGCGUCGUCUCAGACAGGAGCAAGGGAGAAGGCAUCAGCCAAGAAACCCGUGAGGCCUUGUGGUCCCAGUGUGAAGUUGAUGUGGCACGGUUUUGGCCCGUGCUGGUCGCACUACCUCCACUUAUUUGGCUGAUGGACGAUCGCAAUCCGAACCGUCAGUACUACUACCUCUUCGAUUGUACCACAGCUGAGCACAUGAAUAUCACUGUGGUGUGCAUCCUGGUGAAGUUGGGGUGGACGUGUGCUUUGACGACCGUGGAUGUGGUGUUGUGCACUUCUUGGGGGAUUGGACUAGAGAGGGCCAAACAACUCAUGAAGAUGUACGACAAGCAUUGGGUGAUGAUGACCGCAACCUUUGCUUUGAGUGGGGCACUUUUCACCAGCUGCUGGCUAGUGAAGCACGAUGGCCUACGACUGUUGGAAGUGCUCAGCGAAUGUUGAGCAACUUCUUUUUGCAUUUGUUUUUGCACUUUAUAUUUUCAUUUUUCCAUGUUGGCCCUUGGCGGCAAUUGGCGGCAUGUAUUGAAGAGCUGCUGCUAUAUUUGCAUGCCUGUAGUCGACUGCUUGAUCCGAUGAAGCAGAUUGGCAUAUCGGAUACUAAACUUGCCCUAUACUUGAUUCGAAGAAGCUCGAAGAAGCUCAGCUAAAA